AUGAAACUCGCGACAGUCCUUCUGGCAGUAGCUUCUCUCGCUAUCGCGCCCCAGGCGGUUAAAGCACAAUUCUCUACUCGUCUCGGUGGUGUCAACACUGCAGGAUACGACUUCAGUGUCGACACUAACGGCGACUUUUCGGGAACUGGUACCACUCCUCCAGCAUCUCAGUACACUCACUUCUCUGGAGAGGGCGCUAACCUCUACCGUAUUCCUUUCGCAUGGCAGCUGAUGACCCCCACUCUCGGUGGAACUAUCAACUCGAGUUUCUUCUCUGAGUAUGAUACCACUGUCCAGGCCGCGUUGGAUUCUAGCUCUGGAGCAUACGUUAUCGUUGACUUGCACAACUACGCUAGAUGGAACGGUGACAUCAUUGGCCAGGGUGGCCCGACUAAUGCUGAAUAUGCGUCAAUCUGGACUCAGCUUGCGCAGAAUUACGGCUCUGACGAGCGGGUUAUCUUUGGUCUCAUGAAUGAGCCUCACGACCUCAAUGUUACCGAGUGGGUGGCCUCUCUGCAAUACGUUGUAAAUGCUGUUCGAGAAGCCGGAUCUACCAACUAUCUCCUGCUCCCCGGAUCGAGUUACUCGUCGGCUGAGACAUUUCCCACUGAAGCUGGCCCUUACCUUGUUGGCGUCACAGAUCCUCUUGGCGGCACUGGAAAGCUGUUGUUCGACGUUCACAAAUAUCUGGAUUCUGACAACAGCGGUACUCACGCUACUUGUGUCACGAACAACGUCGAUGUCCUCGAAACCUUGGUUAGCUUUCUCCAAGAUAAUGGUGACCGCCAGGCAAUUCUGAGCGAGACCGGUGGAGGCGAGACUACCAGUUGCUACACUGACGUUGCUCAAGAGCUUUCUUACGUCAAAUCUGCUUAUCCGACUCUCGUCGGUUUCUCCAUCUGGGCUGCGGGCGCCUUUGACACUAGCUAUGUCCUCACCGUAACACCCUGGUCUAACGGCACUGACCAGACACUCUGGACCGAAGCCGUGAAACCAUACCUCCCGUAA